UUUCCAAAAUUCCUUGACUAGAACACGGAAGUAGGAUUGGAAACGACUGUUUUGAUUUUGCAUUCCUUGUGUGGGGUAAAGAAAUACAUACUGACUAAACUGAAUAGACUACCCAACUCACAUUCGACUGAAAAUGUCUAAACUACAAUUGUUGAGUGUGUUUUUAAAUGAGCGUUUAACGGCGGCUGCUGUGGAGAUUUUCGGGGCAGUUGAGAAAACGGUAGUGGAGUACCAGGAGGAGAAUGAUCGGCUACGGAGACUGCUGGGGAUCACACCGGAGAUACGACAACGUAAAAUAGAAUCCCUGCAGCUCUGUGUCUCUGAAGAGGAGGUUCCCCCUGAGCAGCAGCACUGUGAGCAGGAAUGGAGCCCCAGUCUGGGGCAGGAGGACCCAGAGCCCACACAGAUUAAAGAGAAGCAAGAGGAACUCAGGACCAGUCAGGAGGAGCUUCGAGGUCUGGAGCCUGAUAUCAUAGAAUUCAAAUUCACUCCUUCCUGUGUGAAAAGGGAAUGUGAUCCGGAGGACCCACUUUGGUCCUUGACUCUUCCCCAAAUCCAGACUGUGGAGAACAGAGAGAGCGACUGUAAACGAGUGGAUUUCACACGUUUUGGCACUGUGACCCGCAUUAAGGGUCUCAACAUUCCCUGUGACCCUCCAGAUAAUCAGAACAAUGCCUUCAGCCACAGUUCAGCUGUAAGCAGCUACACAGGAGGACUUGACAGCAGCCCACCAUUUGAGCCUAGCCCAUCAUUGGAUCCAAACCCACCAAUGGGGGAACACUAUUCCAAACUCAGCACCACGUCUAUAAAAACUCACCACUGCCGUGACUGUGGUGAAACGUUUCCUCUGAAAGCUGACCUGCAGAGGCAUGUGACUUUUGCCAAGAAGAGAGUCAGCGAAUGCCACUUAUGCAAAAAACUCUAUAACUCCACCUGUAAACUGAAGGCCCAUGUCCAACUAUGUCAUGGUGGUAAACCCUGCACCUGCCCCUUUUGUGGCAAGGCCUUCAAACAAAAAGGACAUCUGUCCAGGCACAUGAAUAUUCACACAGGAGAGAAACCAUUUACCUGUGGUGACUGUGGGAAGAGCUUUAUUCAGAAGGGGGACCUAAGGAGGCAUAUACUGACUCACACAGGAGAGAAACCAUUUAGCUGUGGUGACUGUGGGAAAGGCUUCAUUCGCAAAGAGCACCUAACUGCACAUGUACGGACUCACACUGGAGAGUAAUCAUAUGGCUGCUCAGUCAGAGGUAAAAGAUUAAUUCAGAUGGUAAACCUGCUGACGCAUGUGAGAUACAUCCACGAAGAAAGAAAAUAGGAUGAAAACACUAAAAAGAAAGACAGUUAGGACAAAGAUCUCCUGUCAGGAGAUGGGAAUAAAAAUGGAGGAUGUGAACAACACUCUUAGGAAAGCAAAGCUACUCUGGAUCAUUCCUUCUGUGGGUUUCAGAUAAAUAGAUACGUGAUGGAUUUACUUUAGUAAAAUGUUUUGUGUAAAUAAAGUUUGAUUUGAAUUAAAAGUUUAGGAAAUUAAA